AUGCGUCCGCUGUUCCAUUUUUCUGGCCCAGAGUUCGAGUGUGACGCGGAAAUUGACCGCUUAGCUGCUGCAGGAGCUGAUCCCGAGCCUCAAGGCGCAUUCUUACAUUUGAAAUCUCUUUUAUUGGACUUUUACAGAGGUGAGGAGCUGCAUCCGAACCACAUUGCUUUGAAUGGUCUCGAACAUGUCAUUUCGGUUAGUGUAGCACCUUCCUCGUCCGGAGACAAGAACAAAAGUGCCAGUGCGCCUGGCGAAAACGAUCUAGCCAGCCUAUAUCGAUCUGCAGGUGUUUCGCCCCAAACCUCGGGGGUCUCUGCCGUGCAUCGUUGCGAACCGCGCAAGAUUCAUUUUCGUGUUUACACGAUCAAGAUGAUUGCGUCAGGAAGCAAAACACCUCAUAUCGAGUUGGAACCUUGCGGUCCAUCGUUUGACUUUGAGCUUCGUCGACGAUUGGCAGCUAGUGCCGACCGCAUGACGCAAGCGUUGAAACGCCCCAAGACUGCUGAACAGAAGAACACGCAAGGCAAAGGAAAGCGUAAGAAUAUUGAUACCGAUGACAUGGGUGACAUGGUGGGUCGUGUGCAUCUUGGUCGCCAAGACUUGUCCACGCUUCAAGUGAAAAAAAUGAAAGGGCUUCGGGGCCAACCUGAAUUCGAUGCUGAAGACAGGACUGACCCCGCUCUGGAUGAAUCCAUGGAUGACGAGGAUGUUGAGGAAGAAGAUGAGGAUUACGGAGAGGACGAAGAAUAA